GACAUCACAAUACAAACAUGCUAAUUUCGUGUAUGAUAUGUAUUAUAAAUAAAUAAUGGUCUAAAUAGGACAUCAAAGUGAUUAGAAUAUUAUCAGCACAGAGUGCGGACGCUGGUCGAAAACUUAACGUGAAUGUGUACUUUAGAGUAACGUAAAACUUCUUGCAAAAUAAAACAAUGUUAAUGUACUUACUUAUUAAAAACAAUUCAAAAUGAUACCGUCAAAUACUAUUUGUGUUUCACAAGAAGGACCAGCGAACGCUCUAGCUUUAAACAAAGACUGUAGUCAAGUUGUUAUAGCCGGGAGAAAUGUAUUCAAAGUGUUCUCCAUCGGAGAAAAUGAAUUUUCGGAAGUAUGCAACUUGAGAGUGGGAAAAAAUUUAAAUCUAAACUUUUCAUCAAUUGAUGUUGCCUGGAGCACUAUUGAAGAAAAUACUUUGGCCACAGCAGCUACAAAUGGAGCCGUUGUUGUAUGGAAUCUUGGACGAUCAGGACGCUCAAAACAAGAGCAUGUGUUUUCUGACCAUAAAAGAACAGUCAAUAAGGUAAGUUUUCAUCUGACCGAGCCAUCUCUCCUGAUAUCGGGAUCUCAAGAUGGGAUGAUGAAGUGCUUCGAUCUUCGAAUGAAGGAGGUCGCUAGGACAUUCAUAAGCAACACGGAGUCGAUCCGCGACGUGCAGUUCAGCCCGCACGUGGCGCACGCGUUCGCGGCCGUGUCGGAGAACGGCACGGUGCAGCUGUGGGACGCGCGGCGCCACGAGCGCGCGCUGCACCAGUUCACGGCGCACUCGGGGCCCGUGUUCGCGUGCGACUGGCACCCCGACGUGCCCUGGCUGGCCACCGCCUCGCGCGACAAGACCAUCAAGGUGUGGGAUAUUCACGCGCGACCCAACUUGGAGCACACGAUAUACACGAUAGCGUCCGUGGGUCACGUCAAAUGGAGACCGCAGAAGAAGUUCCAGGUGGCGUCGUGCGCGCUCGUGCUGGACUGCGCCGUGCACGUGUGGGACGUGCGCCGCCCGCACGUGCCGCUCGCCACCUUCGCCGAACACCGGGACGUCACCACCGCCAUCGCGUGGCAGGCCUCGCCGCACGCCUUCCUCUCCACGAGCCGGGACUGCAGCCUGUACCGGCACAAGUUCAGCGAGGCGGCGCACCCCGUGCUGUGGGCCAACCCGCAGGGCGUCUGCGUGUCGGCGCGCGGGGAGCUGGCGCACGCGCUGCCCGAGAGCCCGCUGCCCGCGCACACCAGCCUGCACCAGCCCGAGCGAUACGUGCCCGGCCUCGGGCGCAAGCAGCCGACGGCGGGAUCGUUGACUCCGGCGGCGCAGGCGGCGCUCGAGCGGGCCUUCCCCGGGGGGGCGUCCUCGUCCCUCGCGCGCCACUUCCCGGUCUCCCCCGACGGCGCCGUCCUCGCCUGCGCCAAGCGGUACCGCAUCAGGGGGGACCCGCCCCACGUGCUCGCCGAGCACAACGCCAAGGUCGCCCGCGAGCACCGCCGCUACAUGGUGGCGCACGUGUGGGACGUGGUGCGCGCCGUGUACAGCGCCCGCGCGCCGCGCGCCGCGCCCGCGCCGCCGCCGCCGCGCGCGCCGCCCCCGCGCGCCGACCCGCCGCCGCCGCCCUACAGUGCGGUGGAGGAGGAGCCGCUGGAGGAGGUCGAGGAGUGGGAGAACCGCUUCCACAAGAACAGCGGCGUGCUGGGCCUGCCCACGCACAGCAUCUACAUCCCGCCCGCCAAGUUCGCCAAGAGAGAUGGCUCCGACGACAAGGGCGGCUGGGUGUCGGCCGCGUCUGCGCACUACGUGGACGUGGAGGCGGCCGACUGGACGCUGCCCGACGAGGCCUUCCCGCUGCGAGCGCCGCCCGCCACGCACGCGCCCCUGCCGGCGCACACGCACGCACACCUGCCGCACCACGAACACGACGAUGCUGCGACACUCAAUUUAUCAAAUCAAGCCGGAGCGUCGUCGCCGGGUGGCUCGUCUGGCUCCGGUUCGGGAUCCGGUUCCGGUUCGAGUUCCGCCCCGCCCCCCGCAUCACCGACCUUGCAGCGAUCGGACAGCCAAAAUUACAGCAGUUCCGCGGAGGGUGAAGGCGGGGAGGAGGCGGGAGAGGGAUCGCUGUGCGUGCGUGACGUCACCACGCGCGGAGCCCUACCCGCCGCACCGCUGCUGGCCGCCGCGCUCAAACUGCACGCCGACCUCGGUGACGUGCAGACGGCCGCCGUCGUGUGCCUCGCACUGCACGACCACAGAAAUGAUCUGUUCCCGUACAUCGACGAGAGUCUGCAGGAGCAGUGGCUGCUCGGGUACAUCGAGCUGCUGCAGCGGAACAAGCUGUGGAACGUGGCCACCGAGGUGAUCCGCUGCGCGUGGCUGAGCAGCGUGUGGAGCAUCUCGCAGCAGUCCACCACGGUGACGGCGUGCUGCGGGCGCUGUGGGCGUCGCACGCGCGCGCGGGCCCCCUGCGACGCGUGCGCGCGGGCCCCCCCCGACCUGUGCGCCGUGUGCCACCAGGCCGUGCGCGGCCUGUACGCGUGGUGCCAGGGCUGCGCGCACGGCGGACACCUGCGCCACAUGCGCGCCUGGACCCAGCAGCACCAUCUGUGCCCCGCGGGCUGCGGACACGCCUGCCAGUUCGGCUGAGCCGCCGCGCCCGUCUCGGGGCCGGUACACGAUACGUAAAGAUACGUUCUAAGCUAAUAUAUGAUUUGUUAUGUCUUGUAUUUUUAUAAAAGAAAUAAAUGAAACGACCUGUUUA